AGAUCAUCGGAACUAUGGGAUUGGAGGAUGGCCAGUCGAGUCGAGUCCAUGUUUGUCGAGUCGAAUCGAGUCAAGUCCAUGUCAAGUCGAGUCGAGUCAGGUCCAUUCCUUUCGACUAUGGCAAUGUAAGGACCAUGGCAAUGACCAUGGCAUCGUAAGUCCAUAUCACAGCAAGGGCCACUUUUUAUGCAGCACGAACGGGCUCCACAGCACCGUCGUGCCUGAUUCUCGGACGGGUUCGUCCAUCCUUGAUCUAGGAUGACGACCGUCGCUCUUAUGCAGCACAAACGGGCUCCACAGCACCGUCAUGCCUGAUUCUCGGUCGGGCUCGUCCAUCCUUGAUCUAGGAUGACGACCGUCGCUCUUAUGCAGCACGAACAGGCUCCACAGCACCGUCGUGCCUGAUUCUCGGUCGGGCUCGUCCAUCCUUGAUCUAGGAUGACGACCGCCGCUCUUAUGCAGCACGAACGGGCUCCACAGCACCGUCGUGCCUGAUUCUCGGUCGGGCUCGUCCAUCCUUGAUCUAGGAUGACGACCGCCGCUCUUAUGCAGCACGAACGGGCUCCACAGCACCGUCGUGCCUGAUUCUCGGUCGGGCUCGUCCAUCCUUGAUCUAGGAUACGACCGCCGCUCUUAUGCAGCACGAACGGGCUCCAUAGCACCGUCGUGCCUGAUUCUCGGUCAGGCUCGUCCAUCCUUGAUCUGGGAUGACGACCGCCUCUUUUUUAUGCAGCACGAACGGGCUCCACAGCACCGUCGUGCCUGACUCUCGGUCGGGCUCGUCCAUCCUUGAUCUAGGAUGACGACCGCCGUUUUUAUGCAGCACGAGCGGCUGGCUCUACAGCGCCGUCGUGCCUAGUACGGGAUUGCACCUCAUUUAUGGAUUAUGCAUGCCUUGCGCCCAAGAUUAUUCAAAGACUGAUUCAGGGAUGGCAGAAAAGGGCGUGAGCAAGAGUAUACUUUCUCGAGUAGAUUUGCAAGCUCACUACUCAAGAAACUGGGGGACUUGUGUUGGGGAAUAUUAUCCCGGCCUGCUACUGUUCAGAGGCCCAAUGCAUCACCCCGACAUGGAGCACGGUCGACGAGGCCCAUAUAGGCCUACCUGGCCCAUUUUCGGUCCAUCGGCCCAUACUUCGGCCCAACUACCCAUUUAGGCCCAUUGGCCCAUUAGAAUAGAUUGAUAACCUCCCCCUUUUCUAUAAAUAGGGGGCUGGGCUUCCUCGGGAGAGGAUGGAUUUUUUGGCUCUUCUCUCCUGGGAAACUUCUCCUCCCCCCCUUUCCAGUUUUCUUCUUCCUCUUUUGUAGCUAGCAAAUGAAGCUCCAUGAAUGGAGGCUUCAGCCUAUGUAUUAUGUAAUGGAGUGAGGAGAGCAUGUUAAUGAGAAAGAGCGGGCUUGGACGUUAGUCUAAAAAGUUAUGUGGUUUUCUCCCUUUCCGGGUUUCCACGUAAAAAUAGCUAGUUUAUACACUUUUAUAUUUUAUAUUCAGAUUUAUACCGAAUCUAUGAUCCUGAAUAUCCGAAGUUAUGUUGGGCUUUCGGAUCUACGGGACUAAAACUCAACACACCCCAUAGGAAACAACAAUUAUCUUCCGAUUCCCCCCUUCAUAACGAAUUCCGUUCGACUCCUCGACUAUAUUUCCUCCCCAAUGACACAUAAUGGGGAAGUUUGGAGACAUAUUCUAUCAAAAAUCAUUCCAAAAAAAUGUGAUUUAUGUCGCACAUUGAAAACUCAACUACUAAUUCAAACAAACUGUAUUAAAUCAUAUGUAUCAUUUUUAUGAUUUCAUUCAAUUACAAAAUUUGAUGGAUACAUAUUAAUGAUGUGCUACAUUACUCUUUUCUAAACUACCCGUAUAUCAAACUCAAUCCAACCAACACAAUAAAAAAAUCAAAUUCUACAAAUUAUAUAAAAUCCAGCAUAAUAACUAAAUUACCAACUUAUAUAUCUCAUAACAUCAAAUACAAAAAAAUAAUAACAAAAAGAGCGAUUUUCAAACAAAAAUUUAAAAAACCCUAGGUUUAGCAAAAUAGAUGAAUUACCUUGAUUGAAACAGUUGAAAGUCGGUAGAAUGGAGCACAAACGACCUCGGGUACACCGUGUCUCUUUUCUCUUUGAUUCAAAAUCAAUCCAACCAACAUAAAAAAUAAUUCAAAUUAUACAAAUUAUAUAAAUUCAAUCAUAAUAACAACAUUAACAACUUAUAUAUUUCAUAACAUCAAAUACAAAGAAUAAUAAAAACACUAAUUUUGAACAUUAAAUUAAAAAAACCUAGGUUUAGCAAAAGUGGUGAAAUACCUCGAUUCAAACGUUUAAAAGGCGGUAGAAUGGAGCACAAACGACCUUGGGUACACCGUGUCUCUUUUGCAUUGGAUUUGAGCUUCCUUUGGAGGCGUUCCAGCUGGAAUUGGAAUGGCUUGUUCGUCCUUUGCCGUUCAUCGUUCACGCAGAGGGAAGAAGGAAGAAGAGGUUUUGCCAUCUGUGUUCGUCAGCUGGGAAGGGAGGAGUUUUGUGCGAAUUAAUGAGCCGCCACUCGAAGUGGCGUCUUUUGUGAUACAGGAGAAGAGCCGUCACUCCAAGUGGCGGCUUUUGUGAAGUUAUACAAGAGACGCCACUUCAAGUGGCGGCUUUCCUUAACCGUGGUUAAUUCCAGCAAUAUUUUGGGAAUUAUUAUUAACUCGGCAGUAUUUCGGAAAUUAUUUAUUUAAUUAGCAUUAUUCCGGGAAAAAACUUGUCAUACUUAUAAGUUACAAUAUAUAACUGGUCUAAAAUAUUUGUAAAAUAUAGUUUUCCAUAAUAAUACAUCAGUUGUGGAAGUGGAUAACAUUUAUAUGGGAGGGGUUGGACCGAGUAGGGGCGGUGCUCGAUUGGGCCUGCAGUUUAUUCCAGCCCUGGUUAAUGAGGCUGCAAAGGAGGUAGCUAAGUUGGGCUUCAAUGGGCCUUUUUCUUGGAGGAUUGGAGAUUUCCUACCCAAAACACUGGCUGGCUCUAUUCACUUGGACUCUAUUGACACACCAUAUAUUAUUUGCUGAGUUUUUUCUGAGCUUUUUUGUCUUUCAGAGGACUUUGGGUUCGGUCCCCUUCUCCUUUUGUAUCUAAUCGCAUCUAUUAAUAAAAUUUUGGCAGCUGACCUCCGGCUCUCGCCUCACUGAUUUUGGUGGUUUGCCUUUCGGGAUAAAAAAAUAAUAAUAAUACAUCAGUUUUAGCAAUUGUAACAAUAUAUUAUUUGCUGAGUUUUUUCUUAGCUUUUUUGUCUUUCGGAGGAGUUUUGGUUCGGUCCCCUUCUCCUUUUGUAUCUAAUCGCAUCUAUUAAUAAAAUUUUGGCAGCUGACCUCCGGCUCUCGCCCCACUGAUUUUGGUGGUUUGCCUUUCGUGAUAAAAAAAUAAUAAUAAUACAUCAGUUUUAGCAAUUGUAACAAUAUAUUAUUUGCUGAGUUUUUUCUUAGCUUUUUUGUCUUUCGGCGGAGUUUUGGUUCGGUCUCCUUCUCCUUUUGUAUCUAAUCAAAUCUAUUAAUAAAAUUUUGGCAGCUGACCCCCGGCUCCUGCCCCACUAAUUUUGGUGGUUUGCCUUCCGGGGUAAAAUAAUAAUAAUAAUACAAUCAGUUUUAGCAAUUGUAACAAUUAUAAGCCACUUUAGUACUCUAACCACAACUUAAGAUGGAUUUUGGGAACAUAGUCAAGUUGACAAUAAGUGAUCCCUUCAUGUUUACAGAAUCACAUUUUAGCAAUAAAAGUACCUUUCAAGCUGUUAAAGGAUACUCCGUAUAACAUACAAAAACAGACUAGAUAAGGAUCACUGUACUAAAGCAUUUUGGCCACUUUGACCGGCUCAAAGCUUGCUCUCACUUUGAUCCAAUGCAUGAAGAUUGAAGACAAAGAUUCUGUUAGCAAAAGUUAGCCAAUUAUACAAACAUCUAAUAACUCGGGAAAGAAAAAUAGAAGAUUUAACUAUGAUAUAUAGAAAAUUACCCAGACAAAUGCACAAGGUUUUCCUCCGUAGCCGUCUAGGGUUUUUGUCGAUACUAUUCUGCCGUCUAGGGUUUUUGUCGAUACUAUUCUGCCGUCUACUGUUCACGUAGCUUUUGAACGUUUGUUUUCUCCUUUGCUUUCUAAAUGGCCAGCGACAUGGAAGACCUGUACGCACGUUUGAGUCUUGAAGAGGAUGAUGAAGAAGGAGUUGACCUCGAUGAAGUGCUAGCAGAUGAGCCGCCGCCGGCAGCACCUUUAUGUAUGUUUUUUAACAAGGUGGACUUUGAGAGGGUCUGGGAAGACGGUCCAUGGUGCUAUGAAAAUUCCCUGUUGGUGCUUCACAGACUUGAACCGUUGGAUAAUCCGAAAACUGUACCCCUGGAUCGAACUUGCUUCUGGAUUCAAGCCUACAAUCUGCCAUUUGAUCUUUUCACGAAGAAAAUUGCAAGGGUUGUCGGAGACCAAGUGGGGAAAUUUAUCAUGGUUGAUGAGAGUAACUUUAAAGGCGGUUGGAAGGAGUUCAUGCGGAUUCGGGUUUCGAUCGAGGUGGGCGUCCCGCUCAAACGGAGGGUAAAACUGAAAAAAGAAGGCUAGCCGAUUUGGGUUGACUUGAAGUAUGAAUGGCUACCUCAGUUUUGUUUCAUUUGUGGUCUCAUGAACCAUGUUGACAGAUGGUGUGAAAGACGGUUUGACUUUGCAGAAACUGGAAAAGAGAAGCCCUUUGGAGCUUGGUUGCGGGCUGGUUUAAGACGAGGAAGUGCAGGCAAGGGGAGUAGUUAGCUGGCCGACGCGGAGGGUAAGUUUCUUUUCGGCAAUCCUUCCUCUGGCAGUAACCUAGUUUGUCUUGGCGUGGAUGAGGACACCCCGACUGAGGCAUCUUCACAGAUUGAUGGUGGGGCUGCCAAAAGACGUAAGGCUCAUGGGGAUUCCUUUUAGGGAAAUUUACGGAUAUUUUCUAUUAUACAAAAGCAAGAGAAAUUUUGCACAAUAUUUUCGCUCAAAAAUAUCACAUCAAUGGGUUCGGGUUGGGUCUUCAAGUAAUCGGGUCGGAUUGUCCAUGGGUUUAGAAACAGGCCAGAGUUCAGCACAAUGCAGUUUUAAUGCUGGCCCGAUUUAAAGACUGUCCAUGGGUUCAGAAACAGGCCAGAGUUCAGCACAAUGCAGUUUUAAUGCUGGUUCAUCUACAACGGGGAUGUGGUCUAUGAUCAAGGACAUUGAUCACACCAAGUCUACCUGGGCUCUGAAGGUUAGGGUUGUAAGGGCUUAUGAGGUGCCUCCUCACUCAAAAGGAGGGGAGACCCUCGAGAUGGUUUUGCAUGACGCCGAGGGAGAUCGGAUUCAUGCAAUAAUCAAGAGACCACAGAUUGCCAUGUACAAGACUAUAAUAACUGAGCACAAGAUCUAUGCUAUAAGGAACUUCUUAGUUCUAGACAAUUACCAAUCAGUGAAGACCACAAAUCAUCCCUACCUGAUUCAGUUCAUCUCUAAAACCCAAUUCAGGGAGGAUACGAAGACAGAAUUGCCUAUGAUGGUCUACGAUUUCCAACCUUUCGAUAUGCUGCACGCCCAAAGGGUUAUCAAUGAGAAAACUCUCAUUGAUAUCAUUGGGAAGGUUAUCAAUAAAAGCAUUGUUCAAACCCAUAUCAUCAAUGGGAAGACAGAAAGGCUAAUGGAGCUAACUGUGGCAGAUCCAGAGGGAAACAGACUAGGGUGUGUUCUAUGGAACAAAUAUAUAAACCAGUAUCAGGAUUAUGUUAAUGAGAACCCUGGAAUUGCUGUUUUUGUGAUAUUUCAACUGUGUAGACCCAAAAGAUAUCAAGGCACCCUAAGUGUGGCUUCAUCUUUUGAUGUGUCCAAACUCAUCAUCAAUGGAAACACAACCGAAUUCUUAGAGUUCCAAAGCGAAUUUCCGGCGGAUGGUGAUGACUCCAUAUCUCAAACAUGCAACACAAACUGCUCACAAGGUGAAGGGAGUAGGGAUGUGCUUAGUGGUCAUGCUGCCAUAACCACUAUGGAGGAUUUGAUGAAUGCAACUGAGGAGGAGAUUUACUGGGUGCUUGGUGAGAUAGUUUCUAUCGAAAAUACUCGGGAGUGGUGCUACCUAAGCUGCCCAAUAUGUCACAAAAAAUUGGUACCGGAGGAGGAGAGGUUCAGGUGUUCUACUUGCAGCGUGACACUAGGAGAAGGAGUCUACCGGUACUAUAAUAUCACCUUAUUUGAUGCCAGAGAUAAUGUUGUUGGGGUUAAUGUAUUGUUUUACAAAUAUGAAUUUCAAAUAAACUAAGACAUCAUGGACCUGAUAAUGAUUAAGUUACAAGGUCAGUGUGUGCAUCAUGGACAACACCGGGCACAGAAAUUUUAUUCUAUGGGAUAGGGAAUGUAUUGAGAUUCUGGGGAAAACUUCUGCAUCCCUAAUGGCUGAGGUCCAAAAGAAAACAGGUGAUCCAACCCGUUUUCCAGAAGAUAUUGAAAGCUUGAUUGACAAAAAGGGAAUAUUCAAAAUACAGAUAAAGAAGAGAGGUGAAGAGAAUGCCUAUAAAGGUAGUGUUUCCCUUGGAGUUGUUAGUAUGAUUCGAGAUCCUAAUGUGCUGGCAAUGUAUGAAGGAAAUCAUGAGCAAUUGGUAUCAAAUGAAAGCCAUGAGUGUACUCCAGAGAAGAUUGGUUCAUGUUCAAACUUGGAAGGAAACGACAACUCGAUAAGAGAGAAGUCUUCUGUUACUAAGGGCAAGGGAAAACGGAUUUCAGCUGAGAAGGAGGUUACUGCCCCCAUUGAGCUCUCAGAUUCGCCUGUUGCUUCUACACAAAGAGAGGUGAUUGUUGAAUUGGAUGACGAGAUAAAAAGGAAUCUCAAUGAUGAGUUUUCAGGCAAUGGGAAUGGAAAGAAGCUGAAGAUUAAAAUCAAGCAGGAAAAACUGUAAUUGGGUUUGCAAAGAAGUGAAGAUAACGUUUCGAUGUUUUUGUGGAAACAACUAGUGCGGUGUUGGUUUUUUUUGGAAAACUGUAUCAAGGGGCCGUAUGUAUUUUGGAAGUGAAACACUAUGUGUGACAGACUUCAAAUAACCUAUAUUAUCUCUAUAGUGUGGUGUGCUAAUUUGAUGAUGCUAUGUUGUGG